AUGGAGGAAGUUGACAAAAUAAUUUUACAUUCCCUUCGUCAAAUCGGUUGUGACAUUGACGAAGAUGUAACUAGUUUGAAGCAAUUUGACACCGAAAUGAUUGUCAAGUCCGCCGUCUGUUGUUUAGAUUUAAUACAACCCAAUUUGGGGUUACCGCAUAUUCUCCCUCAAAACAUGGCUGCUAAAUAUAGAAUGGGUCAACUCAUUGCUCAGGCUUGCAUGGACAAUGGUUAUCCGGGAGACGUGGGCUAUCAAACUUUUCUUUACUCUGGAGAAUCUGACAUAAGAAAAGUAUUAAUGUUUCUUAUCGAAAAACUCCCUAAAGAACAAGAAAAAUUUGUACAUGAACCCACGGGACCUGAAUUGAUUUUACGUAAAAUAAGACAAAAAGUUAAAGAAGAAUUAACUCGUCCAUGCUUACCAAGAGCUUGUUCCGAUUUAGGAUCACCUCAAAGUUUUCUUACAUAUUCAAAUAUAAAAGAAACUCCAAAAAUCGCUUGGAAAGAGUUUUGUAUGAAUGAUUUGUCUUCGAAUAUGAUGGAUAAAAAAUAUUUAAUUCCUACAAUACUUACAUUGCAUUCGAGAGCAAUUUUGGCUAAGAAUCGACCACAAUUACAUCAAUCGAAACCUGAAAAUAAUAAAAUUAAUAAUAUCGACAAAACAUUGUUGACAUCAAAUUUUUCAAAGGAAGUCACACGGGGAAAUUGGAAACCUCCCAUAGCACCAAGACCAAAACUAAAAGAAAAGACUACCAACAAUACCACAGAAGAUGAUCAAACAUGGAGUGAAUCAAAAAAGGAAGAAGAUAUUUUAAGUAAAGAAAUAGAAGAACUUGUUGCAGAUGUUCAACGAUUAAAAUCGAAAAAAAAUCAAAUAUUACAAGAUCUCGAACGUGAUCAAUUCAAUUUGUGUCAAAUGAAAGAAAAAAAUUUAUUGAGAAUGAAAAUAUUAGAAUUGUUACCGGAUGGGGAAAACAAUUUAAAUAAAUAUCAACAAGUUAUUGACUCAGCAUCACAAAGAUUAGUUUCUCUAGCGAAUCAAUGGGAAAAACAUAGGAUUCCAUUGAUUGAAAAAUAUCGUAAAAGUGUUCAAGUACAAUCUGAUAAAACCAGCGAAACCGUUAAAAAAGCAGAAACGGCCAAAUCGCUAGGAGAAAAACGUAGAGAAUUGGAAAUUGAUUUGAAAAACAAAGACAAACUUUUGUCGCAACUUCACGUGGAAAAUGAAAAAGUGGGUAAAGAAGUUAACAGGUCGGCAUAUACGAGACGAAUUUUGGAAAUAAUAAAUAAUAUAGAAAAACAAAAGACUGAAAUCGAGAAGGUGUUGAGAGAUACGAGAGAAAUACAAAAAGAAAUAAACACAUUGAGCGGUCAAUUGGACAGGAGUUUUACCGUUGCCGACGAAACCAUUUUUAGAGAUGCAAAAAAAGAUGAAACGAGUCGAAAAGCUUACAAGUUGUUGGCAACGUUACAUUCCGAUUGCGAUCAACUCGUCGCCAUGGUUCAAGACACGGGUGCCAUACUAAGAGAAAUCCGUGAUUUGGAAGAUCAGAUCGAAAAGGAAAAGAGUAAAAACAUAGCGGCUAAUUUGGAACGAAUAAUGGCGGAUUUGAAUCAAAUGAAAAACGAAAGCGCUCAACUCACUGCUCAACUCAAAUUAAAACAACAACAAAAUUCUUGA